GAUGUGAUGUUAUGGUCUGGGAUAGCUGGUGAGGAUAUAUAUAUAUAUAUUGGGUGGAAAGAGAAAGAGAAAGAGAAAGAGAAAGAGAAAGAGAAAGAGAAAGAGAAAGAGAAAGAGAAAGAGAAAGAGGAGUGAUGUAAUAUAAUCACCUGAUCAUUCAAAGAUCAUUGAGAAUAUUUGGCCCAUUGGUACCGCAAUUGAAUUGGGGGCUCUGCUACAAAUUGGUAGAUUGUUUAAUUCAUCUCAGACGGGAUAUCUAUUCUACCAAGCACUUUAAUCUUUUCAGGACCGGGUUACAGAGUUAGUAAAAUGGCUACUUUUGCACACAAAACCUUCUCCGCAGCAUCGUACGCCGCAUUCCGUCCCUCCUAUCCCCAAAGUUUCUACACCAAAACCAUCAACUAUCAUAUCGGGCCUCGCUCUACGCUGCUCGAUCUAGGUUGUGGUCAUGGAGUCGUCAGCCGAGCGCUCGCUCCGCAUUUCGAAAAAGUCUACGGUACGGAUCCCAGCGCGGUGAUGAUAAAUCAGGCGCGAAAGAUCGCAGCUGAGAGUGACACCGCGGGGAAUGUACAGUGGAGACAGGCGUCGGCGGAAGAUCUCGAUUUUGUCGAGGAUGGGAGUUUGGAUAUGGUGGUGGCGGGACAGGCGGCGCAUUGGUUUGAUUUUCCGCGGGUGUGGGGAUUGGUGAGGAGGAAGUUGAGGGUGGGCGGGACGGUGGCGUUUUGGGGGUACAAGGAUAAUUUGUUGGUGGAUUUUCCGGCGGCGACGGAGGUGCUGGAUCGGUAUUGUUAUGGGGAGGGAGAGAGGUUUAUGGGGAGGUUUUGGGAACAGCCGGGGAGGGAGAGGUUGAGGGAUUUGUAUAGGGAUGAGGUGAUGAGGCCGCCGGGGGAUGGGUUUGGGGAUGUGGAAUUCGCGAGGUAUGAGCCUGGGUUGAGGGGGACGAGGAGUGGAGAGGGGAUUGCAGAGGGUGGGGUGGUGAUGGGGAAGAGAAUGAAGUUGGGAGAGUUGGAGGGGUAUUGGAGGACGUUUAGUGCGUUUCAUGGGUGGCAGAGGGAGAAUCAGGAGAGGAAGAGGAGGGAGGAGGGGGAGGAGGGGAGUGGUGAUUUGAUUGAUGAGAUGUUUGAGGAGAUGUUGGAGGUGGAACCGAAGUUGAGAGCGAGGGAGGGUGAGGAUUGGAGGGAUGUGGAGGUAGAGACGGAGUGGGGAACGGUGAUUUUGUUGGCGAGAAAAAAAUAGGAGGUUUGCUUAUGUAUGGGGGGAUGGUUGAAAGAAUUCGGAAUUGGUUGGAAUGCGAGUUGGUCCUUCUGUAUGAGGUGAUAUAUCACAUGAGAUAUUGGAUGCAGUGCUUCAUAAUAGAUCAGAUCAACUCUUUUACUCGCUGUGAAACUUUCAUAUCUUGGGCAAAUGAAGCAGAGUAUAGAUUCUUGUUCUUUCGAGAAAUCUACGAUGCAAUGUAGCUUUUGUACCCAAGGAUCUCGUAAAUCUCACGUCAUGACAGCGACAGUGAUAUAAUAUACUAUUCGGGAGUUUUCGAUGGGACUCAUAAUCAAGUACUCCUGUUAAUCA